CGCUUACGUCCCAGUUGCCCGGGAAACCGCCAUGAAGCAGGACGUCGUCAAGUGAAAUACUUUGAGUUUUAAAAUUCAUCUUCCGUCGAAGUCACGAGACAAGAGCGGGAUCGAACCACCGGACCCGGUUCACCCAGGAAGUCACGGACACGUUAGCGUUAGCGUUAGCAUUAGCCGCCGGUGUUGCACCGCCCAGUGUUAGCUCAACAUGACCCAACAAGCUGCAGCUCUGCAGACCUACAACAACGAGCUGGUGAAGUGUAUCGAGGACUUGUACUUCAAGCGUGAAGAGCUGAACCGUCAGAUCAGGGAUGAGCAGACGGAGAAGGAACGACUGCAGCACGACGUCCGCGUCCUCACAGAGAAGCUGAGCAGAGUCAACGAGAGCCUGGCGCAAAGACUCGUCACCCGCGACACCUUCGACCGCACCAUUGCCGAGUCCGAGGCUGCGUACACCAAGAUCCUGGAGAGUUCCCAGUCUCUCCUCAGCAUCCUGAAGCAGGAGGCAGGAAACCUGAGUAAAGCCGCAGAGAGUCGGAGGAAGGAGCACUGAUGGCGACCAGAGGUCAUUCGCUUUGACCACAGCACUUUUUAUGCAGUUUAUUCUCCACGCUGGACUAUUUAUGUUUGAAUGAUAUGUUGUUGAUUCUUUAUUCCAAUAAAUGUCUUUCUUAUCACUC